AUGUUCCCUAGUGGACAUCAAUGGUUCCUUGAGAGGUAUCCAUCUGAUCACAGGCCUGUUUUGGUCAAGUUCAUGGGUGAGAGUGAACCCUUAUGUGGUCAGUUCAGGAUCACAAAGCUACGAGAAGAACUGGAAGAGGAAGAAGAGGAGCGAUAUCCAUGGUUUACGAGAAUUGCUGAGAUCAAAAUCGAGCUAGCUAUAGCUUAUUGUGACGAGGAAAUCUUCUGGAGACAGAAAUCUCGAGAGAAGUGGUUGAGGGAAGGAGAUAGGAAUACAAAGUUCUUUCAAGCUUCUGUGAAAUCUACGAGAGCUAAAAACUCGUUGCAGUUUUUACUUGAUGAGCACGAAAGAGAACAGUUUUCUAAUCGGGAUAAGAGUGAAGUGGCAGUGCGGUAUUUCUCCGAUUUGUUUAAGACUUCUUCCCCGACGUCUUUCACUGAGAUCUUCUCAGAUUUUCUCCCUAGAGUGACAGACGCAAUGAAUGCUGGGCUUAUAUGUGAUGUAACUUUGGAAGAAGUCCGCUUAGCUGUUUUUUCUAUCGAGAGCGAGAAAACACCGGGCCAUGAUGGAAUGACUGGAUUCUUCUAUAAAAAGUAUUGGGAGAUUGUGAAGCAUCAGCUGUUUGAGGAUGUGCGCCGUUUUUUUAGAUGUGGAAAGAUACAAGACGAAUGGAACCAUACGUAUAUCACCCUCAUUCCAAAGAUUAGUACACCUCGACGAAUGACGGAUCUUAGACCUAUUAGUCUUUGCACGGUGUUAUACAAGAUCUUGUCUAAGAUCCUCACAUCUCGACUGAAGAAGAUUCUACCCGCAAUUGUGUCUCCCAUGCAGUCAGCUUUUGUUUCGGAGACACUCAUAUCCGAUAACAUUUUGAUUGCCCAUGAGAUAGCCCACAGUCUGAGCUCACACCGCGAGAUUUCGGAGAGUUUUAUGGCCAUUACGACUGAUAUGUCAAAGGCAUACGAUCGUGUGGAGUGGAGGUUUUUACGAGAGCUCUUGGUGGCUAUGGGUUUCAGAACUAUAUGGAUCAACUGGAUCAUGAGUUGUGUACAGACUGUCACGUACUCUGUCCUAAUAAACGGCCAACCGUACGGAAUGAUACGACCAAAACGUGGCUUGCGUCAAGGUGACCCCUUAUCUCCAUUUCUCUUUGUCUUAUGUACGGAGGCUUUGGUCCAUUUGCUUAAUCGAGCUGAAAGUCAAGCAAGAAUCACGGGUAUUCAGUUUCAUCCUAGUGGUCCGUCCAUUAAUCACAUGCUAUUCGCGGAUGAUAGCUUGUUUAUAUGUCAAGCUACGAAUCAACAGUGUCAGGAGCUUUUCGAGGUCUUAAGUGAUUAUGAAAGAGUUUCGGGUCAGAAAAUCAAUGCUUCAAAAUCGGCCAUUACUUUUGGCUCACGUGUCUCGGCAGAAAUCAAAGCUUGGAUCAAGGCCAAAUCCAAUAUCCUCACUGAAGGUGGAACAGGCAAGUACCUGGGAUUACCGGAGUAUCUAAGUGGAUCCACAAACAACAGCUUAUGGGGUACAUAA